UAUGCGUAUACAUGUACGCCGAACACAACAUGACAUUACACAGUCUCGCCUUUGAUGGCGGAUAGCGGUAUUGAGCUUACCAGUCAUGUGCACCGACUGAAAAAAAACUUUUACUGAAGAAGAAAAGCCGGAAGUUAAAGGGUUAAAACAUGGCAGCGAGCAUCAGUUGUAUAAAGCACAAAGUGUCGUGCGUUCAACCCUCGCUGAUCUUCAACCUCCAGCGCAAGACGUCCCCGGCCAGUGCGUGUGCUCGACGGGUUGCGGAAAUUCGGAGCGUGAGAGCCGCAGCGAGCGCCACUGCGGACAUUCAACACAAUGAGAGGUUCUGCUUGGAGCUGGUCAGGUCCAGGGACUACGAGGGCUUCGUGUGCUCCCUCCUCCUACCAGAGGCGGCGCGACGUUCCGCCUUGGCUUUGCGUGCCUUCAAUGUGGAGCUAGCACAGGUGAAGGACUCCGUUUCCCAGAAAUCUCUUGGUCUGAUGCGGAUGCAAUUCUGGAAGACGGCCAUUGAAGAAAUCUACAGAGACAAACCACCCAACCAGCCAGUCAGCGUCGAGCUCUGGAGGGCGGUGAAGAAACAUAACCUGACCAAGAGAUGGCUGACAAGGAUCAUAACAGAAAGAGAAAAGGAUCUGGAUGACACGGGCUACCGAAAUCUGCAGGAGCUGGAGUCAUACGCCGAGAACACGCAGUCCUCACUCUUGUUUCUGCUACUUGAGUCUUUAGGUGUGAAGGACGUCCACGCAGAUCACGCGGCAAGUCACGUGGGCAAGGCGCACGGCAUUGUGACGUGUCUGAGGGCGACCCCUCAUCACAGCAGCCGGCGCAAAGUCUACUUGCCCAUGGACAUCUGCAUGCUGCACAGAGCAUCCCAGGAGGACUUCAUUCGCCGCAGCCAGGAGCAGAGCAUACGGGACGUGGUGUACGACAUCGCCAGUCAGGCUCACGUUCAUCUGGAGCACGCACGCUCGUUCGGCCCCAGCGUUCCGGCAGCUGCGACGCCGGCCUUCCUCCACACGGUGGCGCUAGAGGACUUCCUACAGAGGCUGAGGAAGGCGAACUUUGACAUCUUCCACCCGAGCCUGCAAAAAAGAAACCCCCUCCUCGCCAUCCAACUCUACCUGCGCUCCUGGAAGAAGACCUACUGAAGGCCCUCGAAGGUCUUAAUCGAGACUUUUGCGGAGGAUCACAAACAGGAAGUUGACCUGGAGAAAGAGCAGACAGUUCGGGUGGAUAUAAAAAAGUAUGCACACGCCUGUUCCAAUGCCUGGUUUUUAUGAUGGAGUGGGCUUUUCCCGACAGUUUUUGUGAAGACGAGCGGAGUGAAUAUUUUGACUCUGAAUGUGCGUCCCUAAAUUUCAAGUUUGGGGCCACUGUGCUUCUAGUUUAAACAAUGAAAAAUAAUCUUCUGGAUCCCUGCUACAGUUCAGGAUGGAGGUGUCACUUUGGGGCUGUGGAGAGAAAUAUGAGCAGUUUGAAAUAACAAAACCUUCAGGCCUCUACUAGAAGGUACCAAAAAACACCCCCAAUAAAAGCCGACAAGAAC